AAAACAACAAUAGAGCGCCAAAGAAAAACGUUAUCUCAUUCUUCAUUCUUUAGGCGCCACACUGUCGACUGAAACAAAAGGCUAGAAAUGGACGGAGGAGUAAUAUCGCAGAUGGCGCUUCCGGUGCUUGGAAUCGUCGCCGCCGCUGCCGUGACCUUCUACGCAGUGAGCUUCUCCGAGAUCCGAGAGAAAUCGUUCAAAGACUUGGACGACUAUGACGACGGUGGCUACAAGCCUUCUUUCAGCUCCAGGCAGCGCCGCGCCAGAAGGAACGCCGAGAAACGAAACAAGAACUAGUAGGAUCAUCGCCGCCGUCCCCUGCUGCCGCCGGCUGGAUGUCAGAGAAGACUGUUGUUUGUUUCUACUAUGUUGGAAACUGCUGUAAAGUUCUGCAGAAAUCUAAUUGAUGAAGC